AUGCAAUCCAUACGAUCCAUCACCUCUUCAGCCCUUCGAGCUUCCAUCUGUCGGCCCACUCCUAUCGCUCGUCGGUUCUUACAUUCCUCUCCCCGUAUAUUAGCUUCCGAGACACCCAAAGAUCCAUUCGCAGAUCCAGCAUUCAAAGCUUUCCAAGAUAAGGUCAAGAAUCAUGAAGGUGCCAUCAAGGCUAUAAUGGAUCUAGGGGAGGUGAUGAAGCAGAAAGGUUUCGAUACUACCAAACAACCUUCGAUGACUCAGAUGGCCAAGAUGGCUAUGGAUAGUGAUCUAAGGGCAGCAGCUCAGACUUUGAUGGCAGAAUUGCAGAAAGCAGGUGUGGAUCCUAAAGAAGCAAUGGAGAUGUUCCAAAAGGCCAACUCUGGUCAAUUAUAA